AUGGAGGAGCUACACAGAUCACUCCAAGCUAAAAUCAAAGUGAUCGAUAACCUGCAGGCAGAGUUAUCAUCUCUUCAGUCGCUUUCUGCUGAAAUGACCAAGCUCCAGGCUGAGAAUGCAAAUUUAACGCGAGAGGUCUCAAACAUGAAACCCGAGCUUACUCGGCUCCGCUCACAAAAUAGCUCUUACCAAUCCGUUCUCUCCGAAAAGCUUUCCUUAGAGCGUCAGUUGAGCACCCUUGAAGUCGAACUUCGCGCUGAAAAGCGCAUAUCAGAAAAGGGACGGAAAUCGAAUGUCGCUGAGAAGGACGACACCAGCCUUGAGGGUGCCGACGUGACCGUUGAAAGCGAAACACAAAUUGGCAAAGACUCAAAACAAGCUCCUCAACCAGAUACAGGAAAGCCAGUUUCCGCAGCAUCGAAAAAACAAGUCAAAUCCAAGGACCAAAGUUCUGGCCUGUCUCCUGUCCGCCGCCAGAAGCCCAAAGCCUCAAAGGAAGCAUCAGAGAACCCUCCCCGCCGACAGAAUUUCGGAAUGGACGCCGCGAUAGGUACUCCCGGACCCAACCAAAUGUCCAAGUUGCCAACAAAAAUAUCUGCAGCCCCUGGUGACAAAUCGAUCUUCUCUAUUACUCCAUUUCUCAACCGUCAGAGCAAUGACUUCGAGACGCAUUUCACAUCUAGUGAAAGCGAAGACGAUGGCCUCUCAUUUGCAGAACCGGUGGCAUCACGCACUAAAGUGAGUGGCUUGUCUAUACGUGAGAAUGGCGUCUCUAACACCAUCCCUCGCAAGUCGAUUGUCCAACCACAACAAAAGGCCGCCAAGCCCAGUAUAGAUACGAAAUCUACAAACAUUGCAGCUCCGCGUGUUGCAAAGCGUACUCAGAAACAGAAGGAAGCCAAGGAAUUGUCAUCAGACGAUGAGGAACGCCAGGAUCCUACCAAAAAACGACGUAUAAUUCGGACCAUGUCUGAGAAGCCGCUUUUUGAUGGGAAUCCUGGGGUCAUGCGCACUCUGUCAAAGCAAAAGCCGCUUUUAAAAGACCAGAGCGGUAUUUUGGCAGAUGCAGACGGGAAACAUUUUGAAAAUGAUCGUCGCAACCGCCGACUUGGCUCGAAUCGAGCCUUGGAUAUUCCUUUGUUUUCUCCCUUAAAACGUAACAUGAGGGGCUAG